UUUGUGACGUUCAGGUAGAGAAAUACGAAAAAUUUCUUUAUAUAAACGGUCUCCCACUUCAGAAACUUAUUGUUACCGGAACUGUCGAAGAAGUAAUUUUUCUUAAGUCGAACUGUCAACUGUUGUUUAAACAAAUUUCGCGAUGGAGAAAAUGUCGAAAGGAGAUACGCUCGCUAUGCGCAAUAAGUAUAUUGGCAAAUCCUGCCAAUUGUUUUUUCGUCAGGACCCACUGAAAGUUGUAAGGGCCUUAGGACAAUACAUGUAUGAUGAAAAGGAUGAAGCUUACUUGGACUGCGUCAACAAUGUAGCCCACGUGGGACACUGCCAUCCAAAGGUGGUCGAAGCAGGAUGUCGGCAGAUGAAGUUGUUGUAUACCAAUAAUCGGUACCUUCAUGAUAAUAUAGUUAUAUGUGCUAAGCGUUUGGUUGAAACAAUGCCCAAAGGAUUGAAUACAUGCUUUUUUGUGAAUUCUGGAUCUGAAGCUAAUGAUUUGGCUAUUCGUUUGGCGCAAAUAUAUACAAAAAAUAAGGAUAUUAUUGCUUUGGAAGGGGCAUACCAUGGCCAUUUGACAUCCUUGAUCGAUAUUUCGCAUUAUAAAUUCAGUUUACCAGGAGGAACCGGCCAAAAAGAUCACGUGCAUUUGGCUUCUUUACCUGAUAUUUACCGUGGAAAGUUCAAUACCACGGAACACAAAGAGGAAGAAAUAAGCCAUCUUUACGCGGAAGAAGUUAGAGAAAUUUGCCAUAAUGUCAGAAAUGAGAAGGAUGCUGGAAUAUGUGCUUUUAUCCACGAAAGCUUGGUAUCUUGUGGUGGGCAGAUUAUGUUGCCCAGGAAUUAUUUGUCUGAGAUAUACGAGCAUGUUAGAAAUAAUGGAGGCGUUUGUAUAGCGGAUGAAGUGCAAGUUGGUUUUGGAAGAACUGGCAAACAUUGGUGGGCCUUCGAGUUGCAGAAUGUUGUCCCAGAUAUAGUCACACUUGGAAAACCCAUGGGCAAUGGUCAUCCUGUGGCAGCUGUUAUUACAACGAAGGCAAUUGCUGAAUGUUUUGAAAAUACCGGAGUUGAAUAUUUCAAUACUUAUGGCGGUAAUCCAGUGUCUUGCGCAAUUGCAAAUGCUGUUAUGGACGUGAUCGAGGACGAAAAACUUAUGGAAAACGCAUGCGUUGUGGGAGACUACUUAAAAAAAAGAUGCAUGAUGUUGAAAAGUAAAUAUUCAAUCAUUGGAGAUGUCCGAGGUGUAGGAUUAUUCAUCGGUAUUGAAAUUGUGGAGGAUAAAGAGAGUAGAAAACCUAACCCUGAAGCUGCAACCAUUAUUCAUAGAUGGAUGAAAGAACACCACAUUUUACUGAGCGUAGAUGGACUGGACAAAAACGUAAUCAAAAUAAAGCCUCCCAUGAUCUUCACCGAGGAAAACGCAGAUGAAGUCGUUUCAACACUCGACAAGGUGCUUGCAGGACUGGAAGGAUCAAAUGAUUUGACAAAGGACAAUAGAUACUACCAGAGCGGAUACUGCAAGAUGAACAAAUAGGGGGAGAUAUAUUCCCUGAUUCCAAAAUUAUUGGUGUUUUUAUUUGAUACUAUUUUAUACUUAGAUGUAAGAUAUUCGUUUCACUAUGUUAAACGAUUUUAAUUGUAAUUGAAUCUUUUAUGUUUGUUUUAAAUUUAGGAUAUAUGUUCGUAAGUGAUAUUAUUUAUUUGCCUUAAUAAUAAUUUAAUUCAAUUUCA